AUAGUUUUAGCUUUCCAAUAAAAUGAAGGCUUUGAAAUUAAACAGUUAAUAAAUUUUUAAUGUUCAACAUUUUUGUGCUUGUAGGUUAUGGCAUCACAUACAUUCAGUCAAAAAAAAUUUAUUCCUACACCACCAGAAAAAGGGUCCUUUCCGCUUGAUCAUGAAAAUAUUUGCAAAAAAUAUAUGUUAAAAUAUAUGAGUUGUUUGCGAAAAAAUAGCGAUAAAAAUUCUGAGUGCCGACUCGAAGCAAAAGACUAUUUAAAUUGCCGUAUGGAAAACGAAUUAAUGGCAAAAGAAGAAUGGUCUAAACUUGGUUUUGCAUUGAAAAAUGAAAGUUCAAAUUAAAUUUGCAAAAUUAAGUAUUGAUUUAUUGUUUUUGUAAAGUUAAUAAAUUUGAAAAUCAAUAAAAAUAAACUAAAUAUUUUAAAAUACACAAAAUAAGUACAUUAAAAAAUUACUGGAAAAAUUUCAAUAUAUACAUAAAAACAUAUUGUCUAUAUAUAUAUAUAUAUAUAUA